AUGACGACCUCAAGCUUUGUACACAUCGACACCGCGUCUUAUGACAGCAAACCAUGGUCCAAGGUCGACGGCCCUGGCAACAACUUCGCUCAAAAGAGGCAUGAGCGAGAAGUGUUCAAUCUGCGAGGAAGAGAGCACGAAUUCACAACCGACAACUCGGGCUUCGAAGUACACAAGUACCCAGCGAAUGAAAAGCUAUUCAUCGAUGACACAGCCGUAAGAGAAGGCUACUACCGGGAAGUCGAAAACAUGCUUCGCGACAAGAUUCAAGGGAUCAAGAAAGUAGUCAUCUUCGACCACACUAUCCGUCGGAGAAUCAAGGACUCCCCACGUCAACCCGUUCAGCAAGUCCACGUUGAUCAGACCCCUGCUGCGGCUGAAGCCCGUGUGCGGCGCCAUCUGCCCAAAGAAGAAGCAGACGAACUAGUUAAAGGCCGAUACCAGAUCAUCAACGUCUGGAGACCCAUUGAGAACCCUGCAUCCGAUAGUCCCUUGGCGGUGAUAGACUGGCGCAGUACCUCUCCAGAGGACUUUAUUGCGACAGACCUUCUUUACCCGAAGCGUGCAGAUUCUGCGGACAUUGAUGACCGUGGCAAAGAAGUUCUCCCCGAUCCCAACAACUAUACCUCAACUGCAGGGUACGAAGUCAGAGGCGAAACCAUGGCCGUAGCACCGAGCGAGAGGCACAAGUUCUACUACCAAAAGGAUAUGACCCCCGAGGAAGUGCUCCUACUUAAGUGCUUUGACAGCUAUGGAGAGGGCAUGCCAAAUGGGAGGAAAGGCCUCGCAGUGAGGACGCCACAUACCGCUUUUAGCGACCCGAACACGCCUGAAGAUGCCCCCGGACGGCAGAGUAUCGAGGUCAGAUGUUUGGUCUUCUACGAGUAG